AUGAACGUGUCCGGCGCCGAUCAGGACCCCCACACGGGUAGUCUGGUCUGCUGCCCGAUCAGAAACGGGAAGACAGGACAAAUCAUUGCCGUCUGCCAGCUGAAGAACAAGCUGUGCACGGCCCCUGGCGAGGCGGAGACGGGCAGGGCGUUUAACCGUUAUGAUGAGCGCCUCCUGGAGGACUUUGCGGUGUACUGCGGCCUGGCCCUGCAGACUGUCCAGACCGUCCAACGGAUAGAGUACCAACGAGCCAGUCAGGACGUUACCCAAGAGGUUCUGUCCUACCACCUCACUGCAGCUCAAGAGGAAAUCCGAGCGUUGCAGGAAGCUGAAAUCCCCUCUGCCCAAUCACUGCGCAUCCUGGACUUCAGCUUCUCUGAUUUUGGCCUAUCAGAGGACUCCACGGCUCAGGCCACAGUUAGAAUGUUCCUGGAUCUCAACCUGGUACAGGACUUCAACAUCGACUACAAGUGUCUCUGUCAGUGGGUUCUGAGUGUAAGGCGUGGUUACCGUAGCAAUGUGCCCUACCACAACUGGAGUCACGGCCUCAGCACCGCUCAGUGUAUGUUCGCUAUGAUGAUGUCUACAGACCAGCUACAGUCUAAUUUAUCUCGUCUGGAGGUGUUGGCUCUGAUGAUAGCUACUCUGAACCACGACCUGGAUCACAGAGGAGUCAGUAACUCCUACAUAGAGAGGACUCAGCAGCCUCUAGCCCAGCUGUAUGGAACCUCCUCUCUGGAGCAUCAUCACUAUGACAUGUGCCUCUUCAUCCUCAACAACCCGGGAAGUCAGAUCCUCAGUGGUCUGUGUCCUGAUGACUACAGGACAGUGUUACCCAUGAUAGAGAAAGCCAUCCUGGCUACGGACCUGGCUGUCUACAUGGAGAGGAGGGCAGAGUUCUUUGAACUGGGUCAGAGAGGAGUGAGGUGGGAGGAGGACAGGCACAGAGACUUACUAAGGUCGAUGCUGAUGACAGCCAGCGACAUUGCUGCCAUUACAAAGCCUUGGCAUAUUCAGAAGAGGACAGCCAAGUUGGUGGCAUCAGAGUUUUUCGCUCAAGGAGACCGAGAGAAGGAAGAGUUCAACAUCAAACCUGUCGACAUGAUGAACAGAGACAACAGCACUCGUCUUCCUCACAUGCAGGUCAACUACAUCGAUGGGAUGUGCCAUCCCUUAUACCAGACUCUUUCUGGGAUGUUUGACUCCUGUUCUCCACUGUUGGACGGCCUCAUGAGGAACAGAGAGAAUUGGAUGCUGCUCGCCGAGACGGGGGAGGAAGGAGGAGGAGAGGAGGAAUAGAGAGAUGAAAGAGAGGAACAGAGAGAAUUGGAUGCUCCUCAUCGAGACGGGGGAGGAAGGAGGAGGAGAGGAGGAAUAGAGAGAUGAAAGAGAGGAACAGAGAGAACUGGGUGCUCCUCAUCGAGACGGGGGAGGAAGGAGGAGGAGAGGAGGAAUAGAGAGAUGAAAGAGAGGAACAGAGAACUGGGCGCUCCUCAUCGAGACGGGGGAGGAAGGAGGAGGAGAGGAGGAAUAGAGAGAUGAAAGAGAGGAACAGAGAGAACUGGGCGCUCCUCAUCGAGACGGGGGAGGAAGGAGGAGGAGAGGAGGAAUAGAGAGAUGAAAGAGAGGAACAGAGAGAACUGGGCGCUCCUCAUCGAGACGGGGGAGGAAGGAGGAGGAGAGGAGGAAUAGAGAGAUGAAAGAGAGGAACACAGAGAACUGUAUCAUGACUUUGUUGUUUGAGUGCGAAUCAAGACUGGAGUAUCACUGGUUACCAUCUGGGUAGACCCUCUCCCAACAGCAACAUCACUGGUUACCAUCUGGGUAGACCCUCGCCCAACAGCAACAUCACUGGUUACCAUCUGGGUAGACCCUCUCCCAACAGCAACAUCACUGGUUACCAUCUGGGUAGACCCUCUCCCAACAGCAACAUCACUGGUUACCAUCUGGGUAGACCCUCUCCCAACAGCAACACACAUCACUGGUUACCAUCUGGGUAGACCCUCCCCCAACAGCAACACAUCACUGGUUACCAUCUGGGUAGACCCUCCCCCAACAGCAAUAUCACUGGUUACCAUCUGGGUAGACCCUCCCCCAACAGCAACAUCACUGGUUACCAUCUGGGUAGACCCUCCACCAACAGCAACAUCACUGGUUAUCGUCUGGGUAGACCCUCCCCCAACAGCAAUAUCACUGGUUAUCUGGGUAGACCCUCCCCAACAGCAACAUCACUGGUUAUCUGGGUAGACCCUCCCCCAACAGCAACAUCACUGGUUAUCUGGGUAGACCCUCCCCCAACAGCAAUAUCACUGGUUAUCUGGGUAGACCCUCCCCCAACAGCAAUAUCACUG